AUGAUUGUCUUUAUACAAAGGCAUGUAAAGAAACAUACGAAGAUUUCUCAGACUAGGCAAAAUGGCAGAGGAUUUCCCAAGGAAGAAAACCAUGAAUUAGGCCGCGCCCGGUCUCUCUACAAUUCUUCGAAUACGCUUCCGGUCCCUAUCAGCCAAUUUGCUAGUAUCCUUGCAGCCCUAUCCUUCCUCAAGGCCCCAGCGGAAAGUGAAGCAACCCUCAACGCGGCAAGCUUCUUCUCGGGCUCCUCCUCAAAUCAAACUUCUUACUCAAUGCACGCGCCUCUAGCAUUGGAAGCUCUUUCUCUGCUUAGCGCCCUGUCCUCCUUCUGUCACUUAAGGGCGUACUAUACUAAACUAAGAUAUAGACUGCGGCACCCUUGA